AGUCUUGCAAUCCCUCACUCUCUCCCCCACCCAGCAGCAACCACUUAGCGUGCACCCUUCUCAGCCCAUGUCAUUCUCUAUGUUCUACCAGCCUAUUCUGCCCCCCUACACCUUCCCUGAUCCAUGCAGCACCCCACAUACCUUCCCAACCUAUGCAACACCUCUCACACAGCCCCAACCCCUUUCCUGACCCGCUCCCCCAUGUAUACCCUUCCUCCCUCCCUCACCUGGCAGCAGCCUUGGCUUGCAACUUCCUGCUGGCUUCCCCACUUAACUGUUUCCGGCUUUCCACAAGUUUUUCCACAAGCAAAGUAAAUUGAGAAAUCAGCAAGAAUUGGAGGGAGGGAACAGUGAAGGAAGGAAGGUUUUUGAUGCUCUGAUUCCUUCUGAUAAGGAAAUAUCUCUGAAAUAGUGACUCAACAGCUCAUGGGUUGUCUAGUACUUGAUAUUACUUACUGCAGCGGCACAUAUAGGUGUUGUGUACCUUGUUAGUGUAAGAUUUUCAUGCUUUAGUACAGUAAUAACAGGUUUGACCUUAUUUUAGUGACAGUAGCAAAUUUAUUUAUAAGCUUGCCAAACUUAACUGUUAUAAAAAUACUGUUCCUUUAAAAAUACUCAGUCAAUGGGCUUUUAUAAUGCUCUCAUGAUUUUAUUCACAGCUCAGACGUCUAAUCAGUCCCCAAUGUCUUUAACAUCAGAUGCUUCAUCACCAAGAUCAUAUGUAUCUCCAAAAAUAAGCACGCCUCAGACUAACACAGUUCCUUUGAAAUCUGUAUCAUCACAGCCAAAGGUUGCUACUUCAAGUAUUAAGCAAGGACCAGUUUUGCAGUUAGUAUGUCAGCAGCCUGUGAUUACUGAGAAGCCACAAGGUCAUGAACCUGCUUCUCCUCGAAGUCUUCAGCAUUCAAGUAGUCAAUCUCCUGGUCCAACUCAUAUCUCCAAUACAAGUGUUUCAAACACAACAGCACCACAAAACGUAUCUGGAUGGCCUACAUGUUCAUUAACGCCUACAUUAGCAGGCCAUUUCAAUGAGAAUCUUAUAAAGCAUGUCCAAGGAUGGCCUGCAGAUCAUGCAGAAAAGCAGGCAUCCAGACUACGUGAAGAAGCGCAUAAUACAGGAAGUGUCCAUAUGUCUGAAAUUUGUACUGAAUUAAAAAACUUAAGAUCUUUAGUUCGAGUGUGUGAAAUUCAAGCAACUUUGCGUGAGCAAAGGAUACUCUUUUUGAGACAACAAAUUAAAGAACUUGAAAAACUAAAGAAUCAGAAUUCCUUCAUGGUGUGAAACACAUGGGUUGUGAAUACAAGUCUGUAAAACAUGUUGCCCAGUCUUAACUUUUUUGAGCUGCAUUUGAGUAGACUUUGGACCAUUGAGUUGGGCAAUACAAAAUAACAUGGGAAAGGAGAAAGGAAGGAAGUCAGUCGGGAAAAAUACAAGGAUGAUUUGUAGAACUCUUGAAAUGUAGAUUUCUUGUAGAUGUAUUCUUCAUGUUGUAAAUAUGUUUUGUAGAGUGAAGCCAUGGGAAGCCAUGUGUAUCGGAGCUUAGACAUCCAAAAGUAAUCAAUGCUAAGAUGGUUAAAUACCUAGCCUUUUACAUGUAAAACUGUUUGCAAAAUUAGUUCUCUUUUUUUAGUUAAUUUAUCAUUCAGAAAUCUUUCAUUUCCUGAAAUUCAAUGCAAGCACCAAAUGAUCUGUGUCUCCAAGUUUGAAACAGUUAGGGUAAUAUACAAAAUAUAAAAUAACUGUUUCCACACUUGCACCUGAUCAAAGAAUAGUGCUUUUCCAUUUGUUUUACAGAACAGUGUUUUUCAUUUUCUGUGUUCAUUUUCUGUGUUCAUUUUCCUUUUAAAUUCCUGAUUCUGAUUUUAUCAGUUUUUUAUUCUUAUAAUUUCUUCCUUUCAUAAGGCACUGUUGCUAUGACAUUUUUCUAUAAACAUUUCAUUCCUGUGUACAAUAGCUUAAAAUUGCAGUGAUUGAGCAUAACCUACUUGUUUGUAUAAAUUAUUGAAAUGUAUUUGCAUUUGCACCCUGAAAGAAUGGACUGAUACUACUACUGGGCACAUGUGUUUGAAAGUACUUCCCUUUCUCAGCUUUAUAAGAAAAUAAGCCCAAUGUCAACAUUGUUGGGGGAUGGAAAAGAAGGAAAAAGCUAGUCAGAUGUGAAUUGUAUUUGUUGAAAUAAACAUGUUUUAAAACAAACAAAAACCACUGGUUUUCUUUUCCUUUGGUUGAUAACAUAUUACAAUUUGAACUGUUCAGGGACUCUUCAUCAAAACUACUCUUGUUGAAUACUUUUUUACUAAAUUAAAAUAAGUCCGCAAGGGAAGUUUUGUUUAAAAAAAUGUAAUUGUGUAUAAACUAUUUAAUGACAUUCAACAAGGAUUAGUGACACCUCCCAACAGUUGUCAUAUGUUAACUCCUGGUUUUUAACCUGUCCUGCUAUUAUGACUUUUCAUUUCAAAGGAUGGUUGUGUUGUAGGUAACUGUUCAAGUCUGGUGCUGACUGUUCUUAGCCAUCACAAAAUGCUGACUUUGUGUAGUUGGAGUGUCUCACUGUUUGAAAAUGGGAAAGCUCAGCUUUGUAUAUUUCCUAAAGUAUAUUAAAAAAAAUAAAAAGAAA